AUGGCUACUCCCCGGUUAUAUUCUCGAUGUUGGCGCGCAUUUAGGAGCUUUGAAAUCCAGAGGUCGCAAUGUUUCGCAACUACAAGGAGUCAGCGGCGCCAGCUAUCUUCGUUCGGUUUCCGGCCGUCAGAGAAUGCGUCAAGGGGGAGACAGAUCACAGCACUCUCUAUCGCUGCUGUAGCUACUGUAGUGACAGGAGCUACACUUCUUGGUUUACCUUCAGAGCCUCUCCUUAGACUCGAUGCACCCUCAAUCGCCGAUCUCGAUGACAAGACAAAGCGUGAAACGACAAUUACCUCCUCCUCACCCAUGCGCCUACGUAUGGAAAAGCUCAUAAAAGAUCACCAGAAGAAAAUUGUGGACGAACUCUCCCGCAUAGAUGGAAAACAGUUUAUCUUUGACGAAUGGAAUAGACCCAAUGGUGGCGGGGGGAUCUCCUGCGUUCUACAGGACGGCAAUGUCUUCGAAAAAGCCGGUGUUAAUGUCUCUGUUGUAUACGGCCAAUUACCUCGCCCAGCGAUUGAAAAGAUGCGUGCAGACCACAAAUCAUUCGUAGCAACAGAUGUUGACUCAUUGGAUUUCUUUGCUGCCGGCCUUUCACUCGUUCUACACCCGAAGAACCCAAUGGCGCCGACCGUCCAUCUAAACUAUCGCUAUUUCGAGACUUCAGACCCCAAAGACCCCCUCCACGGGCCAAAGAACUGGUGGUUCGGCGGUGGAACAGACCUUACUCCUUCCUACAUCUUCCCCGAAGACUGCAAACACUUCCACCAAACCAUCAAAGACGCCUGCGACAGACACGAUCCAAGCUACUACCCCAAAUUCAAAAAAUGGUGCGACGAAUACUUCUACCUCCCCCACCGUCACGAGUCCCGCGGCAUCGGCGGCAUCUUCUUUGACGACCUCGACACUGAAUUUCUCUCCCACUCUUCCUCCCACUCCUCCACCAACGCCCAAGAAACCCUCUUCGCCUUCGUUUCCGACGCCCUCGCUUCCUUCCUGCCCGCCUAUGUGCCCAUCGUCGAACGCAGGAAGAACAUGCCGUUCACACAGGCGGAGAAGGACUGGCAGCAACUGCGUCGUGGCCGGUACGUCGAGUUCAAUCUCGUGUAUGACCGUGGCACGAGCUUUGGGCUGAGAACGCCGAGUGCGCGCGUGGAGAGUAUUCUGAUGAGUCUUCCGCGGACUGCGCAAUGGGUGUACAUGGAUCCGAUAUCGGGGACGAGGAUGGGGGAGGAGAAGAAGGUUGUUGGGGAGGAGGUCGGUGGCGAGGAGAAGAAGAGGGAGAGAGAGCUGAUUGAGGUCUUGAAGUAUCCGCGUGAGUGGGUAUGA